AAAACUGCUUGGCUGCAACUGUCCUCAACCCCUGCAGGGGGCAGCACUCCGCCCGCACAGCGCCGACUGCAGGAGUAUUUAUCCGGUGAAGAAGAAGCACCAGCACGAAACCCGAAAACACAGCCUGAGCGGGGAGGAGUGUUUGGGAAGAAUGCCUUUCCAUUUCUGCCCUCAGUGUGGGACAAAGUUGAAGCCUGAUUUCAGAUUUUGUCCAUCGUGUGGGGAGAAGCUUCCCUGUCUUGUUGAUGAAUCUGGACCUUUGAGCUCGACAGCGUCUUUAAGUCUCUCUCCACCCAAAAGGGAUGAAGCAGCAACAUCAGUAGUUAGAACAAGCGUUGCUUCAAGCACAAGUUGUGAGCCCACGGAAAGUAAGGCCCACACGUGUAUCAGCUCAACUCCAAUUACAACUCGUCCUGCACUGCGAAAGACCCGUAACUCCCUUCGCCUGGACAGGGAAGUUAAAUUUAACAUUAAAGACGCCACUCCACCUGUGGUGCCCUCCACUUACCUUGCCAGAGAUGACGGGAUUGAAGAUAAUGGUGUUGGAUUGGUUGGAACUCCACCAAAGCAGCACAGAGUCACUUUUAAAUUCGACGCAGAGGUAGAGCCAAAGCUAGAGUCUUCCUCUCCUCCUGUUAGAAAAUCUCCUCGACCUGUCAGGGGAAAGGCAAAACUCUCCAGCCCUGCUGUGAAGCAGGUAGAAGAGGGAAAGAGGCUGACUGAUAAAACAAGUAAAAAAGCAGAGGAAUCAACGGUAGACGGCUCUCCUAUGGCUGUCUCUUCCCCUGUUUCAUCACCAGUCUCCAGGUCUCCUUUAAAAGUUACAGGUAAAAGCAAAGCCAAGAAGGCAAGGUCUGGGUCCGCCGUGGAUCCGCUGCAGGAAGGUGAGGAGGUGACGGACACAACGGGCAAGAGGUGGAAGCUGAUGAAACUUCUCAGUCAGAGCACGACAGAGCUCAGCUACGAAGUUUCACAAUCCAAUUCCAAGGAAUCAAAUCACAUCCUCAAAUUGGGAGCUAAAGAUGGAAGAAUCUUCAAUGAGCAGAACUUUCUGCAGAGAGCUGCUAAACCUGCAUCUGUGGACAAGUGGAUCAAACAAAACAAGAUGGAUUUUCUGGGGAUUCCUUCCUGUGUUGGCUUUGGCCCUCAUGCAGAUUCCUACAGGUUUCUGAUUUUCCCUAGCAUGGGUCAGUCUCUCCAGUCUGUUAUGGAGGAAGAAGACGAGCUUCUGUCUGAGGAAGCUGUUCUUCAGCUCGCCUGUAGAAUAUUAGAUGUGCUGCAGUAUAUCCAUUCAAACGAGUAUGUUCACGCUGAUAUUAAUGCAGAAAACAUUUACAUCAAACCAGGACAGAAAUCACAGGUAUACCUGGCAGGAUACUGCCAUGCUUUCAGGUACUGUCCAGGUGGACAACAUGUAGAGUACCGUGAAGCCAGCAGAACACCACACGAGGGCACCAUAGAGUUUAUCAGCCUGGACGCACAUAAGGGAGCAGCUCCGUCGCGACGCAGUGACCUGCAGUCUCUGGGUUACUGCAUGCUGCGUUGGCACGCGGGGACGCUGCCGUGGACCAUCCUCACUCACCCAGACCAGGUCGCCACGCAGAAACAGAGGUACAUGGAGGAUGUUCCUGCACUGUUGAGUCACUGCUUUGGGAAGAAGAGAGUUUCCGAUGCAUUUCAAACGUACCUGACUGCAGUGAUGGCUCUGCAGUACUCUGAGCAGCCGGACUACACCGCACUGAAGGCCGGACUCAGUGCCGCUUUACUGCAGCUGGGGGGAUCACCGGAGAAGCCGCUCAGUUUUUAGAGAAAUGGAACAAAAAGAAUACAGUUGCAAGAUGGACUGUGUUUUUGUUAAACUUGUUUUAUCAUGCUGUGUUUUAUCUGUCAUGUUUUAUUGCACUGAAAGCAGAUUGUUGUAGAGUUCAAUGUGUGUAAACACGUCAGGUCGAUGGGUUUUGAUUGGGAUCAUCAUUUUAAGCAUUUAUGAUAUUGUUGUGGGUUUGAUUUGGGUGAUUUUGACACUUUGCUAGUUAAAUGUGUGUUCUUCUAAAUUUAGUCUGAUUUUAGGUAUUUUAACUGGUUCCUUGUUCCAACUGUUUUCUGUUUAAUGAAGCGUUUUUAAUGAAUUUACCUGUUUGGGGAUUGACAAUGCAAAUAAUUUGUACAUGUCUUUCCCCUCAACUUACUACUGAUGGAAAUUUCCUUAAGACAAGCCAACACAGAGAUGUGGAUUAACACAACUCCUCAACCCUUCCUUAUAUGUAGGCAUAGUUCAUUUGCCUGAAUAAAAUGUCUGUAUUUCUUA